UCCAAAAAAUUUGCUGCAGCAGCAUUAAAAUUUGAAUAAAACCUCACAAAGAUGGCAAAUUUGAGAAAAUUAUUAGUCCAAACUCAUGACUCGGACGAGUUAGGAGUGAGCCAAGCGACGGUUCUGGAAACGAUUCGUAAGAACCGCGUCAUUCAUUACGAGUCAUUCAUUAUAUAUAACUCGGUGCACUCUGUAAGUAAAGCCUAUUGCUCUCGUUUAUAUACACAUAGCUAUAUAUAAUUAGGGCAUAACGCUGUCGCCUCACAAACCCUAAUCAAAUCUUCAAUCUGUAGUUACAAAGAUCUGUUGAAUCUUUGAAUUUGGGUUGAUUUGUUGAUUUGGGUCUUGAUUGUUGUGAUUGAUUUGCAUUUGAGAAGUGAGAUUGAGGCUUGGUUUGUGAUUGGAGACUAGGGUUUUGUGGAAAUGGAGCCAGAAGUGGUUCGAGUGGAGAGGAGAGGGAGGAAAAGGAAGAGAAGGGACGGGGAGAAUGCGGUGGAUGGGGGAAUGAGGGAGACGAGGUCGAAGGCGUUGGUGGGGUCGUAUUUGAAUAAGGAGUUUGAGGGGGACAUAUAUCUUGGGAAGGUGGUUAAUUAUCAGAGAGGGUUGUAUAGGGUUGAGUAUGAGGAUGGCGAUUCCGAGGAUUUGGAUAGUAAGGAGUUGAGGCCUUGUUUGAUAGUGAACGAGGAUUCGGAUGAAGGAUUGGUUGUGAGGAAGAAGGCAUUGGAUGAUAUGAUUUUGAGGAAGUAUGAGGAUAUGGAGAGGGAGAAGAAAGAGAGGGAGGCGAGGAAUAUGAUGAUUGUUGAUGCUGUUGGGAAUGGGAAUAAUGGUGUUUUAGCUAGUCGUGAUUGCUCGACUGAUUCUGGAGAGGAUACCAUUGAUGGGGACUUGGGAAUUGAGGUGGAAGCUUCUGUUGUACCACCACCAGAAUUGCCUCCAUCGACAGGGAAUAUAGGUGUUCCAGAUGAGUGUGUUGCUGAUCUUCUCUCCGUUUACAGUUAUUUACGUUCAUUUAGUUGUGCACUGUUUUUGAGUCCUUUUGGUCUGGAUGACUUUGUGGGCUCGCUAAACUGUUCUUUCCAAAACACGUUGCUGGAUGCUAUUCAUGUUGCUCUGAUGCGUGUUAUUCAUCGGCAUUUUGAAGCACUCUCAUCGGAUGGUUCAGAGCUUGCAUCAAAAUGCCUAAGGUCAAUGGACUGGAGUUUGAUUGAUACAUUGACGUGGCCCGUUUUUACAGUUCAAUAUAUGAUGAUGAUGGGGUAUACUGAAGGACUUGAAUGGAAAAGCUUUUACAUUGAUGCUCUGCAGAGAGAUUAUUACAGUCUAUCAGUUAGGAAAAAAUUAAUGAUUUUGCAAAUAUUGUGUGAUGAUGCUUUAGAUUCUUCAGAGCUAAGAGCAGAAAUUGACAUGGUAGAAGAAGCUGAGUUUAAAGAUGAAGUGGAUCAUGAUAGGGUUGUGAAUGAUACUCCUCAAAUUGGACCGAUACGAGUCCAUCCUAGAUACUCUAAGACUUCUGCCUUUAAGGGCCUAGAAGCCACUGCAGUUAUUGAGGGAAGUAUUGCGACAAAGGCGUCUAUCAACACUAGUUCUUUAGGUUAUAUGAAUACCAGACUGAAUACCGGUGUUGCUGAUGUAGAUCAGGAUGCCAACAGUGAUGAGUGUCGCCUUUGUGGCAUGGAGGGGACUUUGCUUUGUUGUGAUGGUUGUCCAUCAGCUUACCAUUCGAGAUGUAUUGGUGUAAUGAAAAUGUUCAUACCAGAAGGGGACUGGUACUGUCCUGAGUGUACAAUUAACAAAACCAGUCCUACAAUUACAAGGGAAACAUCUCUGAAAGGCGCCGUCUUUUUUGGUGUUGAUCCAUAUGAGCAAGUCUUUAUGGGUACUUGUGAUCAUUUGUUGGUGAUCAGAGGAUCAAGGAACACUGAGCCAUGUGUAAGAUACUACCAUAAGGAGGAUAUUUCAGUAGUCUUGAAAGUACUUGGUUCGGCUGCACAGCAUCAUGAUAUGUACUCAGGAUUAUGUGAAAAGAUUAUGCGGUAUUGGGACAUUGCUGUAGUUGAAGGUGGUACAAGUUCAGCGAGAAUUGAUGAUGGUGCUUUUUCUACCGAAGAGCUCUCUCUUUUCGAUAACAACGGUUAUGUGGUCUCUAAGUUGCCUGUUAGUAGAAACACUGAAAGUUGUGUUGCUGUGAGUAGUUCUGAAAACAGAGCAGGCUUACUCCUUGAAAAAACUACUAAAAAUGUAGCUGAAGCAUGCUUCUACACUGGUGCCUCUUUUAAACCUCAGUCAUAUCUGAAUCACUAUGCCCAUGGUGAUUUCGCUGCGGCUGCUGCUACCAAUCUAUCCAUUCUGUCAUCUGUGGAAAAUCACGUUGCCGUGUCAAAUACUACAACUAAUCACAGAAAGCUUAUGUCUGCCAAUAUAUCACUUCAGACGAAAGCCUUUUCAUCAGCAACCAUUCGUUUUUUUUGGCCCGAUAUUGAAAAGAAGCUGAUGGAAGUUCCCAGGGAACGGUGUGGCUGGUGUCUUUCUUGCCAAGCAACUUGCCAUAGCAAGAGAGGAUGCUUAUUAAAUGCAGCUGCCUCAAAUGCUAUUAAAGGUACCAUGAAAAUACUUGCCGCCAUUCGUCCAGUAAAGCAUGGUGAGGGAAGUCUCCAUAGCAUUGCGACAUACUUGCUAUUCAUGGAGGAGAGCUUGCGUGGUUUAAUGGUCGGCCCUUUCAAAACUUCAGCUCAUAGGUUAAAGUGGUGUAAACAAGCUGAACAGGCUUCAACUUGCAGUGAUCUGAAGAGUCUUUUGCUUGAACUUGAGGAAAAUAUACCUCAUGUUGCUCUUUUUGGGGACUGGAUCAAGAUUGCUGAUGGUUCGCCAGUUGAACCAUCAGCAAAUCAUAGUACAACUGCUGCAGGAUCAAGUCAGAAGCGUGGUCCUGGUCGGCGUGGUAGAAAACCAUCUGCUAUGCCUGAAUUUGUAGCUGAUGAUGACAAGGAUAUAUCUGAUGCCUUUGUGUGGUGGUGUGGAGGUAUGCUAUCCAAGGCUGUGUUUCAGAAAGGGAUUUUACCGCACAUUGUGGUAAAAAAUUCAGCUCGUCAAGGUGGUUCUAAAAAGAUAUCGGGUAUUUAUUAUGCUGAUGGUGCUGAGGUUCCUAAAAGAAGCAGAAGGGCUAUCUGGAGAGCUGCUGUUGAAAUGAGUAGGAACCCAUCUCAACUUGCUGCACAGAUCAGGUAUUUAGACAUUCAUGUGAGAUGGGGUGACCUUGUUCGUCCGGAACUGAGUUCCCUAGAUGGAAAAGGUGGCGAUACAGAUGCAAACGUGUUUAGGAAUGCCUCUAUAUGUGAUAAACAGGUUCUGGAAAGUAAAAUUAGUUAUGCUGUUGCUUUUGGGAAUCAAAAGCACCUUCCUUCUCGUAUCAUGAAGAAAGUAUCUGCAGUAGAAAAAAUUGAAGGUGGAGAAGAAAAAUACUGGUUUCUGGAAACCCGUGUACCAUUGUAUAUGAUCAAAGAAUAUGAAGAGAAAAUGGUGAAAUUAUCUCCAUCUCCACCCAGGAAGCCUACAAAUGUAUUGUCGACAUUGCAAAGACAACAGUUGAAGGUUUCACGCAAAAAUAUUUUCUCUUAUCUGGUGCGGAGGAGGGAUAAUUUGGAUUGUUGUCGUUGUGCUGCUUGUCAGCUUGAUGUGUUGCUUCGGACUGCUGUCAAGUGCAGUACAUGUGAAGGCUAUUGUCAUUUUCAGUGUACAGCUGCUUUACCAGUGGACGGGAAAGGGGAAGCUGAAUUUGCAAUAACCUGCAGAAGUUGUAAUAAAACUGAAGCUACUUUGCAUGGUGAGAAGUACAAUGUGGCACCUGCAAACCCCAUGAUUUCACAAGGACAAAAGCCACUGAGCACACCAACAGCUGUUACUUGUGAGAAGCAAAAUGGCUGUAAUCAGCCUUUAGUAUUAAAUGGAGGUGUAAGACGUUCAGUAGAGAGGAAACCGAGACCUGCUCUAGCCUCUGAACUCCAGGAGUACGAACAGGAGGUCAAAAGUGCCAGCAAGUCCAAGCCGAAAAAUAAAAGCAAAGCAUGUUCUUUGGGUCUUAUAUGGAGUAAGAAGGAUGAAGAUGGGACUGCUUUCAGAUCAAAAAAUGUUCUCUUGAAGGGGAAUUCAUAUGUGUCAGAUGUUGAAUGUGACCUCUGCAGGAACCCAUAUAAUCCAGAUCUUAUGUAUAUUUUCUGUGAGACUUGCACAAAAUGGUAUCAUGCUGACGCAGUGGAGCUGGAGGAGUCAAAAUUAUUUAAAUUGAUUGGAUUUAAGUGUUGCAAGUGCCGUCGGAUAAAGUCACCUCUCUGCCCCUACACUAGUGCAGAACGCAGAAUUGAAUUAGAAGGUAAGAAACCUAAUAAAAGAACUCGAAAGCAAGCACGUCAAGGAACAAGCUUGCUUCCUGAAACCAGUUCUGAACAGCUUGCACGAGGAGAAACUGCUUCUCAUGUUUUACCUAUAACAAAAGAAUUGGUAAGCAUUAAGGGGGAUAAUCCACUCACAUUCUCUCUAUCAAGGGCGGAGCAUGAUACUCACAGUACUUCUGGAGUAGCUUUAGAACAGAAACCUACUCUUGCUGGUUCUGCACCUCAAAAACUCCCAGUGAGGAGGCAUAUGAAGCGGGAAGAUGAGUCGUGUGAAGCGGUCAAUAAUGUAUCUGUUGAUUCAUUUACACCCAUCGGAGGAAAUACAUUUCUUCCCAAAGAUGAAUCACCUCCAUGUUUAGAAUGGGAUCUUCCAAAAAAUAUAGAAAACGAUUAUGUGUUCAGCACCGAAGGUCUUAAUUACGAAGAAAUAGAGUAUGAACCACAAACCUACUUCUCAUUUAAUGAAUUGCUGGCAAAUGAUGACGGUGCCCAGUUGGAAGGGGUUGAUCCAUCUGGGAACUUAAUUGAGACCAUUGACCAGUUGGAUGGGGUUGACCCAUCAGGGAAUAUAAUUGAGAAUAUAGAUGAUGAUAUGCUUCCAGCAGAAGGUAGUCUCGAGCGAUACGGAAUGAUGGUGGAUCAGCAAGAAACUAUUAAUUCUUUUGAAUCUUCUUAUCAGGUUGUGCCGUGUCACAUAUGCUCUUAUACCGACCCUAUUCCUGAUUGUUGUUGCCAUACAUGUGGUGUCUGGAUGCAUAGAUAUUGCACUGGAUGGGUUGAGGAUAUUGGGGCCUGGAGGUGUUGCAACUGCCAUGGUUGGCAGUAGCUAAUGUUACUGAACCAGUUUUAAAAAUAGUUAGCCAAUUGUAGAGAUAGGGAAUCAUUGCAUGUGACUAUACAAGAAAGAGGAUUUGGAAUUCUGAAGGUAGGUGCUGUUUUAUUAAGUCCGAGAUAGAUUAUGAACUGUUGUGUAAUUGUGCUGGAGGGGAGAUGGGCCAGAUGGCACUCAUCUGUGAAACUCCAGAGCUGAAACAAUAUUGUGUAGGUAAAACAUUGCCGUGGAAGGUGGUGAGUUAGUUUUAGACUAUCUUAUUAUUUACAUUAAGGUUUGGUCUUUAUUUGACCUGUUUAGACUCGGAGAUUUUCUUUUUUACCUUUGGGAUGAUAAUAGUAUUUGAAAGACUUGCAAAUUGUUGUUAUUAUUGGCAAUGGUUUUUAGGAGUUUCAAAAUUUACUUUGAUCAUUGGAUGGAUAAGCUGGGUUUUUGUUGCU